GCCAAAGGUGUUACUGUUCAUUCACUUUUUCGUCGUCGGUAUCACGUGCCAGAGGCGUGUCUUUUUUUUUUUUUUUUCGGUGACCAGGGAACUGUGAAGAAGAGCCACCUUAAACGCGUGCUCAUUGUAAUAAUUCCCAAGCUUGGGGUUAGUGGGGUUUGCCAGGGGAAGGAAAACGCUGUCAUAAUUAGGGGCCUGGGAGGAGGAGUUUCUGUUUGCUUUUCCUGAUAGUCAGCAGAGAAAAGUUCCCAGUUGUGAUUUCGUCUCUUCCGGCCAUUUCCUUAUGGCUUCCCGUUUCUUUUCCUAAUUUCCUUUCUUUCUCCUGAUUUCUUUUCCUAAUUUUAUUUUAAGGCGUUAUACUCUCAUCUUGGUUUCACCAUUUUCUUUUCUUGCGUCGAUGUUGGUGGCUUUCAGCGGAGAAAAGUUCCCAGUUGUGAUUUCGUCUCUUCCGGCCAUUUCCUUAUGGCUUCGUGUGCUAAUUAUACAAACGAGUCUUCCUGUUUGCCCAAUUGGUAGAGUUGCUCUCUUGUGCAUUUAUCAUUUUCUUUUAACAGCACUUCUAAGUUUUAGAUUCUGUAUCCUUGGGUUGGGCAUCUACUUUCUUGGAAUACGCUACUGAGAAACAAGGCAACCCAGAGAAAUAAGAAUAAGGAAUGCCCUAUUAACAUAACACUCUAAGAGCCAAAGGUGUUACUGUUCAUUCACUUUUUCGUCGUCGGUAUCACGUGCCAGAGGCGUGUCUUUUUUUUUUUUUUUUCGGUGACCAGGGAACUGUGAAGAAGAGCCACCUUAAACGCGUGCUCAUUGUAAUAAUUCCCAAGCUUGGGGUUAGUGGGGUUUGCCAGGGGAAGGAAAACGCUGUCAUAAUUAGGGGCCUGGGAGGAGGAGUUUCUGUUUGCUUUUCCUGAUAGUCAGCAGAGAAAAGUUCCCAGUUGUGAUUUCGUCUCUUCCGGCCAUUUCCUUAUGGCUUCCCGUUUCUUUUCCUAAUUUCCUUUCUUUCUCCUGAUUUCUUUUCCUAAUUUUAUUUUAAGGCGUUAUACUCUCAUCUUGGUUUCACCAUUUUCUUUUCUUGCGUCGAUGUUGGUGGCUUUCAGCGGAGAAAAGUUCCCAGUUGUGAUUUCGUCUCUUCCGGCCAUUUCCUUAUGGCUUCGUGUGCUAAUUAUACAAACGAGUCUUCCUGUUUGCCCAAUUGGUAGAGUUGCUCUCUUGUGCAUUUAUCAUUUUCUUUUAACAGCACUUCUAAGUUUUAGAUUCUGUAUCCUUGGGUUGGGCAUCUACUUUCUUGGAAUACGCUACUGAGAAACAAGGCAACCCAGAGAAAUAAGAAUAAGGAAUGCCCUAUCGGAAACAAGAGAACCCAAAGAAAUAGAAAUAAGCUAUUACUGUUUAAAAAAAAAAAAAAACUAUAUUGCUGGUAAUUUCCGAUCUGUCCAUUACAGAAACUGGAAUUUUUUACAUAGCAAUUGCGAAGUACAGAAGUAGAAGGAAGAAUUUGAUAAAUACAAAUUGCGCUCCGCUGCCUUUUUCCUUAGAAAGACUUUUUCCCCUUUAGAAAAAAAACACCUUUUCCUCUCAGCUAUAGCUGCUUAGCUCGCUGCUUACUUUCACCUUGAAUGCAGCUACUUUUAUUUUUUUUCCAGCCUGUAUUUUUUUUUCCAAUCUCAAUGUUAACUAGAUUUUUUGACUCUUUUGCCUUGUACGACAACGGCACGUUUAAAUACCCUCAUUUAUAUUUUUCAUGUUUCCAAAUAGUUUUAGUUUCGCGUUUUUGUCCCCUUCCAAUAUAUUAAUCAUACAUAUAUAUGCCUUCAUCCCUUCCGAACACGUUGUACUAUCUUUUCUUUUCUAUACUGUUCAUAUGUCGUGCCUUUCUGUUUAUUUUUUCCCUCCAUAUAUGUGUGAUUGGUCUCUUAAAUUUUGAUGCUUAUUACCCAUUUUUUGCCCCGGAUACCCACUUAACGCCAUUUUCUGCUAACAUUCAUUGGGAUACUCCAAGCUUUGAAUAGAUCGCACGUUUUCCAUCAGCGUCAGAUCCAUUGUUCUUUGCAAUGUUCAGUUUUGCCUUCGUUGCUUCUAUCGAUCUUUACCAGUUUUUGUGCAAUGUCAAUAGUCAUUCACAGGGAUCUUCGUAUGAUAGCCGUGCAGAGAUAGUAGCCAUACAAAAAAAAGGUCAGCUUUUUACUAUUUUUAGCCUUCUUUACAUGGAUCUUCGUUUCAGCCCAAUAGCCGUGCAGAGGAAAAAAGUGUGCUUACAAUGUUCUAUUAAGCCUUCUGCUUUAUCUGGGCUUCUUCCCUUCCUUUGUUUCUUCUCCUUGCUUUACAGUCAGGCAGCCUUUCUUGCCAUCAGGUUGGUGAGUAAAGCUUUUCUGCAUGCCUCUUGCAUCCUUUAUUUACAAUGUACACCAUACGCUUGCUAAUUUUUUUCCUUUUGUGCUUACACAUUUUUUUUAUAUUUUCUCCCUGUCUUUGUACUUUCCAGUGGAGCUUUCUUCCAAGAGUCACACAGCAAGCUCGGUUGCUUCUCUCGUUGUUUCUUCUUUUUUAAGUAAGAUCCGUACAGCCUUAUUCUUGGUUGCAUGGACUACAACUUAGUUCGCCGUGGUCGUUAUGCGGCCAUGGACAAAGACAAAAAAGAUGCUUUGCUUCAGCGUAGAAGAGAUGCUUAUGCUGCAAAGAAAAACACUUCCCAUGUCCCAAAGGAUAGCACUGAACCUGCCUAUCAAACUAAGCUAUAUACACAUAAGGCAGGAAACUCUGCAUCUGGUUCACCAUCUACAUUGCAACAGAUAGACGUAUCUGCUCUUGCAUCUAAGGUGUCGCAUGCUGAUCAGCAGAGCCUUAUUGAAGCUUCUGCUCCUCUUAUGCGUCGACCAAAGAAGUAUAGGAGCCGCCGCAUAAAGCAUUCUUGUGAUAUUCCAUCUGCUUCGCAACAAAUGAAUGCAUCUGCUUCUAUCCCUGAGCCGUCUGAUAACCAUGAUGCCCAAUUGCCCGUGCAUGCCCAUGAAUUAGCUGAUCUUUUUGACUCUAUUGCAAAUCGCUUGAAUUCUAAACUUGAAACCCAGUCAACUCCUCACCACCCUUAUUCCUCUAUUUCUCCCUCUUCUGUACAACCAUCAUUGGAAGUUCCUGCUGUUCUGCCUAUAGAGGAAGGUACCUGUGUUAUUGGUCUAGAUAAUGCUCAGCCAUUCGAGUCUCAAAACAGACCAACCAUUGUCGUAAAUACAUCUGUUCCUUCCAGAGGGAAACGGAAAAAAACCUCACGCUUGGAUAAGAUUCCAGAUAGCCCUCUUGUGCUGCCACAAGCUCCAGACUGUAAACAUUGUGGAGCAAAAAGAUUUCAUUUAGAGCCCCCCAAUUUCUGUUGUUCCGGAGGAGAGGUUUCUGUCGUCAUCCCAGUCAUGCCUUAUAGCCUUUACCGUCUUUUUUCUGGUGUGGACGAGGAAUCAGUGGAGUUUAGGAAGAACGCUCGUACCUACAACAAUAACGUGGCUUUUACAUCUUUUGGUGCCAAAUAUGACCAUGAAUUAACAAAAAACACCAAGGGAGUUUACACCUUUCGAGUUCAGGGACAGGUCUACCAUCUACUGAAUGGCUUAGUUUCUCAGAACAAUCAACCAACAGGGAUUCAGUUGUACUUUUAUGAUCAAGAAGAGGAAUUGUCUAAAAGGCUCAGCAGCUCACCCAGGUUACGCGAGAGUACCCUCCGUCUCUUAAUGCGAAUCUUAGAGUCUAACCCUUACACUAAGUUCUUUAAGAACCUUCGGCAUGUUAACAAUCUUGAAGAUCAUAGGAUCGUUCUUAAUUGUAACCCUGAGCUGGAUCAAAGGGUAUAUAACUUGCCCACUUCGUCUCAAGUUGCUGCAAUUUGGACUGAAUCUGAAGAUGAGGCACUUGAAAGAAAUGCUCACAUUCAAGUUUAUACCCACUCAAACACCAGCCAUAGGAUACAACACUAUUUUUCAUGCUAUGAUACAUUGCAGUAUCCUCUCCUGUUUCCACAUGGUGAGUCUGGUUGGCAUCAUGGUAUCUUAAGAAAUUCUGCUUCUAGGAAACGAAAAAGAAGCUCUUCGGAUGAUGUUGAUCUUCCUGAUGCUUCUUUAAUAGGGACUGCAUCAGACCUUAUUCGCCUAGAACAAGAAGCUGCUGAGCGUGGAAAAAAGGAACGCCUGACUGUCUCUGCUAGGGAAUAUUAUUGUUACUUGCUUCAGAUGAGAGAAGCGGAUAGGUCCAUGUUGUUGCACACCGGCCGGUUGUUGCAACAGUUUGUUGUGGAUAUAUAUGUUAAGAUUGAGACAUCUAGGCUUGACUUCCAUAGAAAAAAUCAGAAUGAUAUUAGAACAGAAAUUCUCCAGGGUGUCAUGGAUAGUAUAGCUGCAGGAAAGAGUGAGGGGAAGCAAGUAGGCCGGAGGGUAUAUCUUCCAUCUUCCUUUAUUGGCGGCCCCAGAGAUAUGCGGCGUCGUUAUGUGGAUGCAAUGGCGUUAGUUCAAAAAUUUGGCAAACCCGAUCUGUUCAUUACUAUGACAUGCAAUACCCAAUGGAAAGAGAUUCAAGAAAAUUUAAAAUAUGGAGAAUCGGCACAGGAAAGGCCAGAUCUGGUUUCUAGGGUGUUUAGAGCAAAGUUUGAGAUGCUCAAGGCUGAAAUACUUAAGAAAAAAAUAUUCGGUGAAGUUGCAGCGUGCGUUCAUGUAAUUGAAUUCCAGAAAAGAGGCCUUCCCCAUGCUCACAUACUCUUGAUUCUUAAGCCUGAAUAUAAGCUGUUAAGUCCAGAAGCUUAUGACCGAAUUGUUUCUGCUGAGAUCCCAGAUCCGGAUAGCCAAAAAUAUUUAUACUCUCUUGUUGUCAGGCAUAUGAUGCAUGGCCCUUGUGGACAGUUGAAGCCUGAUAAUGUUUGCAUGAAAAAUGGGUUUUGCAAGAACCAUUUUCCAAAAGAUUACUGUGACUUCACUAUCCAUUCAGAAGAUUCCUAUCCACAUUAUAGACGUCGAAGGAAUGGUCCAACUGUAAGAGUGCGCAAACAGUUAUUAGAUAACCGCUGGGUUGUCCCGUAUAAUCCUUACCUUCUUGCGCUGUUUGAUUGCCACAUGAAUGUUGAGGUUUGCUCAACUGUCAAGCUGGUCAAGUAUUUAUACAAAUAUGUCUACAAGGGCCAUGACCGUGUAAGCUUUCAUGUUCAUUCUGGUUCUGGCCCUGAAGACAUUGACGAAAUCAAUGAGUUCCAGUCCGGAAGAUGGGUUGCUGCUGCAGAGGCAUUUUGGCGUAUCUACAGAUUUUCACUAAAUGAAAUGACUCCCUCUGUUUACACUCUUCAAUUACACCUUCCAGGACAACAAAUGAUUUCUUUCCAUAAAAAUACUGAUCUUGCUGACCUUUUGGACCGUGCCGCUUUUAAAAAGACCAUGCUUACACAGUUUUUUCGUAUGAACCGGACCAAUAAAGCAGCUCAGAAGCUUAAUUGCUUGUAUCGUGAAUUCCCUGAAUAUUUUGUUUGGAAGCCAGAGAAAAAAAAAUGGUCUCAGAGGAAACGAAAAAAGGUGAUUGGUAGAAUGGUGACUGUAAGUCCAAUUGAAGGUGAACGUUAUUAUCUUAGGCUGCUACUGUCUCAUGUUCGUUCUCCCAAAUCCUUUAAGGAUCUUUUGACUAUUAAUGGCAAGCUUGCAUUAUCGUAUAGAGAGGCUGCCUUUCAGAUGGGUCUUCUCCAAUCUGAUACUCAUGUAGAGGACACUCUUGAUGAUGCAGUGGCAUUUCAAAUGCCAUAUUCACUGAGGACUUUAUUUGCAAUUUUGUUGGUUUACUGCUCGCCCAGUGAUCCAAAGUCAUUGUGGGAAAAAUAUGAGGCUGCCCUGUCUUCUGAUUUUGAAAGAAAUAAAGAUCUUUCUGGUUACGAUUCAGAAGAAGUUAGGAGGCGUGUUCUGCAAGAUAUUAAUAAAAUGUUGGAACAAAUGGGAAAAAAUGUUGGUGAUUACCAUCUUGUGCCUGACAACUUUCACCUUGCUCCUGAUGAACAGGUUGCAAAAGAAAUUCAGAAUGAACGAAAUAUUCCAUUUACUGAGGAGGACUUACUUUUGUCUUCGAAGUUGAACAUAGGUCAGAGACAUGCCUAUGAUGUUAUUAUGUCUGAAGUUCUCUCUUCAGGGAGUAAAAGUUUUUUUGUUGACGGGCCUGGUGGAACAGGAAAGACAUUCCUUUAUCGUUCCAUUCUUGCAACGCUCAGGUCUCGUGGUCUCAUAGCAAUAGCUGUUGCUUCGUCUGGUGUGGCUGCUUCUAUUCUUCCGGGAGGCCGGACUGCGCACUCGCGCUUUAAAAUUCCUUUGGAUGUGUCCGCAAACAAAAUUUGCCAGAUUAGCAAACAAAGCUCUGUUGCAAGGCUGAUCACGCUUGCUAAGCUAAUUCUCUGGGAUGAAGCAUCCAUGACUAAAAAAGAUACUGUUGAAGCAUUUGACUUGUUACUAAAGGAUGUCAUGGAUUCUAAUAAACCUUUUGGAGGUAAGGUUGUGGUUUUUGGAGGUGACUUCCGACAAACCUUGCCUGUUAUACCAAAUGCUUCAAGGGACCAACAGAUUGAGGCUAGCUUUGUUCAUUCACCUUUAUGGAGAACUCUUCAGAAAAUAACUUUAGAGGAGAAUAUGCGCGCUAUUUCAGAUCCCCAAUACUCAGAGUUUCUUUUGAGAGUAGGAGAGGGACAUGAGCCAGAAGAUGACGAGGGGAAAAUAUCUCUGCGUAAGGACAUAUUAAUUCCAUUUGAUACUAAAGAUGGCUCGCUUAAUAGGUUGAUAGGCUUCGUCUUUUCAGACCUGCAUGCUUAUUCGAUCGAUCCAUACGCAAUGAUCAACAGGUGUAUCCUUACGCCGAAGAAUUCCUGUGUUGAUGACAUCAAUGAUGUGCUCAUUGAUCGUUUCCCUGGACAAGCUUUUGUUUUCAUGAGUACAGACAGGACUCUCAAUGAAAAAGAUCAGGGAGAUUAUCAAGACUUCCUGAACUCUUUGAAUCCAAAAGGAUUACCCCCCCAUAAAUUAGUCUUAAAGGAAAACUGUCCGGUCAUUCUGCUUAGGAACCUAAAUCCCGCAGAGGGAUUGUGCAACGGAACACGGCUUAUUUGCAAACACCUUAGACAACAUGCCCUUUGUGCAGAAAUUGCAGUAGGCCAACAUCGAGGCAAGAGAGUGAUUCUGCCUAGGAUUCCCCUUCAAACAUCUGAUAAUGAAAAAAAUGGCAUUCCUUUUAAACGAACACAGUUUCCAGUGAAGCUGUGCUUUGCCAUGACCAUCAAUAAGUCACAGGGCCAGACAUUAGAUCGAGUUGGUAUCUAUCUACGUGAACCCGUGUUCUCACACGGACAAUUAUACGUUGCUUUGUCUCGGGCUAAAAUGUCCAGUGCAGUUAGAGUCCUUAUAAUGCCACCAACAUUUUUUGCUACUAAAACUGUACCUGAAUCUAGAACAAGGAAUGUUGUCUACCGUGACAUCCUUGAAUUAGCUGCUAAAUGACUAUCUAUACUAAGGUAUUGCCGGCUCGGUGGAUUUAUACACGCCUUUUCUGAAUUUGCUAGCAGUUUUUAUCUAACUUGCAUCUUUAUUUGCCUUCUGUUUUUGCUUUACCAUGACCUUAUGGAUUUUCGUACACCUUUGGUGCAGAAUGGGUGACCUUUUGUUCAUUGAUGACAUCAAGCCUGGAAUGAAAUCUUGGACAGCUAUAGUAACGGUCCAAGAAAAAUUGAAUGUUGGCUCUGCACCCUCCACUCCAACAAAAUGGCAAAAGUUUAUUUUUGUUGACUCAAAUGGGUCAAAGGUCCAGGGAGUGCUUUUUGACUAUGCCAUACAGAAAAUGGGGCCUAAGCUCAAGCUUUACAAAAAAUAUCGCAUCUCAAAUGCUGAAGUCAGGGCUGCUGCUGAAAGGUUCCAGCUUGAUGGACUUAAACUCCAGUGGAUUAUAAGCACCAAAACUGUUGUUGAAGAAAUUGAUGAAGCUGAUUCAAGUGUGUUGCCGUUCCACUUUGAUUUCACGGCUUAUAAAGACCUGCCUCCUUACGUAGACAUGAAAUAUGAAACUGUUGAUGUCAUUGGAAUAGUCAUUCAUGCAUCGGCGAUUAUUCCAAUCCACAAAGAUUCACGUGAAUUACUGGUGCAAAAAUUUUGGCUUGUGAAUGAAGAAAUGAAUCCUAUUCUGCUGUCUCUUUGGAAUGAGUUCACUGAAAAUCAAGGAAAAUCUAUCACUGAUCUGAAAGACAAGCAUCCCGUUUUAAUAUGUCGCAGGCUCAAUGUUGUUAUGUACAAUGGAAUUGCUUUGUCAACUAGGAAUGACUCAGUUAUUCUUGUCAAUCCACCAGUCAGAGAAGCUAAUCAGCUAAAGCAUUGGGCUGCCAGGAAUGAAAAAAGCUUUGCGGGGCUUCUUCAGGAUAACAUGCAUGCUAAACAAAGUCCUCAGCUAUUUCACGAAUCACAUCAGAAAAUUAUUUCUAUCAUUGAUGUUGUACCAACGCAAAAGGUUUCAUGGGUUAAGGCAUAGAUUUCUUUCAAACACAUUGUUCAAAAAUACUAUUACAUGGGUUGCAUAAAAUGCCACCGCAUGACUGCUGCAAACUUUGGAACUACGUUUACUUGCAAUCACUGUAAUGAGAAACAACAGGCUUCUCCCAGGUGUCGCUUUGAUGUAGACCUCACUGACCACACUGAUACACUCACUGCAUCUGUGUUUGGUGACUUAGCUGAAACUUUGCUCACAUUUACUGCACUUGAAGCAAUGAAUUAUCACGAAGAGAAUGCAGAAUUGCCGCUAGAAAAAGUCCAUCAGGAACUACAAUCAAAGAUGUUCACAAUACAGCUAAAGCCAGCAGCUACCAGGGAUGGAGGAGGUCAUCAGCGUUAUACAAUUGUCUAUUGUUUUGAGGAUGCAAGCUCUGAAGAAUCUGCUAACAAGUCUGCAAAUCCUAAUGUCCAGACUUGUUUUGAGGAAGUUGGCAAUACUGUCCCAGCAAGUGUAGCACCAGAAAACCAAGUUUCUUCAUCAAAGGUGCGAAUUCGUCUUGAUACAAAGUUUGAUCAAUCUGAAGAUGCAAACGACAAUACAUCCAAAGACGAGAAGGCAUCCAUCAGCAAAAAGGCAAAGAAAAAUUGAUUGCCUUUCCGUUCCUUAGUUUUCUGGCUAUGAAUUCAGAUGUCUAUGUCUUUUGCUAAUGCUUAAAGCAUUCAUUUUGCUGCAGCUUUUGAAACUAUAUAUCGAACUUAUAACCUACCUUUUUGAAGUCUUAGCUUUAUCAACCAUCUGAACAGAUGUCUGACACGUAUUGCUAUCCCUUAUUAGUCAUUACAUUAUCUGCUGCAAUUCUAUAUAUAUUAAUUGUCUGACUUUUGUCAA